AUGCUGCGCUUUUGUUCCCCGUGGCGGCGGGUUGGUGUGGAUCUGGUGGCGGUGAUCUGUGGCGACAUUCCCGGCCGAGUGGCUUUAAGCAGCCGCUGUGAUGGUGGACGGGGUUGUGCUGUAAUUAGCGGCCAGUGCGCUAAGCUGAGCUAUUUCAGGCUCCACUCUCAUGCGUCACGCAACCUCGGCUUAUACUACACCUUUACUCGGAGAUAUGUUCAGUAUUCUGGAUUUGUGGCGUGUUUGGGAUUCUCUCUCUCUCUCUCUCUCUCUCUCUCUCUCUCUUUCUCACACACACACACACACACACACACACACACACACACACACACACACACACACACUCUCUCUCUCUCUCUAAUUCUUUCCUCAGAGACAUGGAAUGGAGCUCCAGAACGUAUGCCAGUAACUACAGCUGUGAGUGAAUCUUCAUUUAUUCAUAGUGAAAAACUUCGCAGUCUCGCCCGAGACAUUUCUGAAAUCAGCCACGAGAAAGCCACAAGCCGAGAUGAUGCAGGAAAACCUGCUGGGGAAUCGGAUAAGCCCCGCCCAUGUCCAAGAGGAGGCGUGUGUUUCGCUGAUGGCCGAAGGAGAGUUGAUUAUGUGCUUGUGUAUCACUGCAAGAGACGCCUUUCCAUCAUCACCAAUGGCAACCUUUCGCCCGAGAGUCCCGCCCCUCUUCACACAGACACACAGGCCGAACCUGCGGAGGUGGAGCUGGAAGUGGACGUGGCUCCUGGGCCAGGAGAAGGAGAAAAAGCCCUGAUCAGGGAGGAGUUUGAGCGAGGGCUGCAGGAGCAGGGUCUGGAGAUCGAACGAGAUGGAGAGAUGAAGACAGUACGUUUUACACGUCUCCAUGUCCCCUGGUCUGUGCUAAGUCGUGAGGCAGAACUUCUUAAGAUCAAAGUUCCUACCAAAAGAAUUUAUGAGCUGAAGGAGAAAACAGGACUCGCUGGAGUUCUGAGUUCGCUUUGGGAGAAAAUAAAUCAGCCGUUCCAGCCGGGAGUCCCGGAUCCCCAAAAAAACCCCCACACACGAGUCCUGUCACUCCCCUUCAACAGAGAAAAACUACACUUGUUUGACAUCAAGUCGAGGAGCACGCUCUUCGACACUGCGACGCGAGGGAGAAUUGUGUUUGAGAUCCUGAGACGCACGGCGUGUACUCAGUCGUGUCACACUAUGGGAAUUGCGUCGUUACUUGCGAAAGGUGUUUACGACGCAGCGUUUCCUUUACAUGAUGGAGACUUUAUCUCCGAUGUUAAGGAGCUUCGCAAUGACAGACAGUUGUUACAUGAUGAAUGGGCCAAUUACGGAGUUUUCUUCAAGUAUCAGCCAGUCAACCUCAUCAGGAAGUACUUUGGGGAGAAGAUCGGUCUGUACUUCGCCUGGUUGGGAGUUUACACGCAGCUGCUCAUCCCCGCCUCAGCGAUGGGGAUUGUGGUGUUCCUGUACGGUUGGAUGACCGUCGAUACGAACGUGCCCAGUCAGGAGAUGUGUGAUAAGCAUCUGAACUUCACCAUGUGUCCUCUGUGUGAUGGAGUGUGUGAUUAUUGGCAGUUGAGCAGCAUGUGCAGCACAGCACGGGCCAGCUAUCUGUUCGACAACCACGCCACCGUCGCCUUCGCCAUCUUCAUGUGCCUCUGGGGGGCUGUGUUUCUGGAGCACUGGAAGAGGAGACAGCGGUGUCUGCAGCACAGCUGGGAUCUCACCGACGUCGAGGACGAGGAGCACAGAGCUGAAGACGAGCUGCGACCCGCGUAUGAGGAUUUCCUCCUUCAGAAGCGACAGAAAAAGAGCAAAAACAAAAAGAAAGACGAGUCGGAUGAGAGGUCAUGUGACAUUGGCAGAGAGAUGUUGCUAUCUGCAAAAGGAGGACAACCACUGUUUGCUUCAGAAUCUCUGACAUGGAGAGACCGGCUGCCGGGAUGCUGCAUCAACAUUUCCUCCAUCCUCCUAAUGGUGGGUGUCACACUGUCGGCGGUGUCUGGUGUCAUUCUGUACCGCAUCAUCGUUUUCGCAGUGAUGUCGAUGAACCCUGACCACGAGGCCAAGGCCAAUGUGCGUGUUACCGUGACAACCACAGCGGUCAUCAUCAACCUGCUUGUGGUUUUGGUGCUGGAUGAGAUCUAUGGCGCAGUGGCAGCCUGGAUCACAGAGCUAGAGAUUCCGAAGACUGAAGCAACGUUUGAGGAACACCUGAUCCUGAAGACUUUUCUGCUCAAGAGCAUGAACGCUUUCGCACCGGUCUUCUACGUGGCGUUCUUUAAGGGCAGGUUUGCAGGCCGUCCAGGUGACUACGUGUACGUCUUUAAAGAUUUCCGCAUGGAGGAGUGCGCUCCAUCAGGUUGCCUGAUUGAAGUGUGUAUUCAGCUUGGUAUGAUCAUGUUAGGGAAGCAGCUCAUCCAGAACAAUGUGUUUGAGAUCGCCAUCCCAAAGCUGAAGAAAAUGUAUCGUAAAUAUAAAGAGGAGAAAGAAGGAGGGGAGGAGAAGAAGAAGAAGAAGGACAAGGAUCCGAAUCGGCCACGGUACCGCUGGGACUUGGAUUACCAGCUGGAGCCAUUUGAGGGUCUGAGCCCGGAGUAUAUGGAAAUGAUUAUCCAGUAUGGGUUUGUUACUCUCUUCGUGGCCUCUUUCCCGCUGGCUCCAGUCUUUGCUCUGCUCAAUAACGUCAUUGAGAUUCGACUCGAUGCUGCAAAAUUUGUAACUGAAAUCCGGCGACCUGAUGCCGUCAGAGCAAAGGAGAUCGGAAUAUGGUACAACAUCCUGAGUGGCAUCAGCAAGUUUGCUGUUAUCACAAAUGCAUUUGUUAUUUCCUUCACGUCAGAGUUCAUUCCACGGAUGGUGUAUCAGUAUCUGUACAGUGAGACAGGAACUAUGCAUGGAUUUAUAGACCACACGCUGGCUUACUUCAACACCAGCAACUUCAAACCUGGCACCGCACCCAACAGCACACACUUCGACCGGGAACUCCGUAUCUGCAGGUAUAAAGAUUACCGAGAUCCCCCCUGGUCUCCUGACUCAUAUCAGCUCUCUAAGCAAUACUGGUCUGUGCUCGCUGCCCGACUCGCCUUUGUCAUCUUUUUCCAGAACCUGGCAAUGUUCCUGAGUAUGCUGGUGGCAUGGUUGAUUCCGGAUGUUCCCCGCUCUUUGAAGGACUGCCUGAAGCGGGAAAAAGCCCUGUUGCUAGAUCUUCUCCUUAGCGAGGAGGUGGAGAAGCAGCAGCGGCGAUCACAGAGUCCUUCCAACAUCAACAUAACAAUCAACACCUCAGAGGAGGAACCCGGAGAGAUGGAGCCAGACUGUAGCAUCAUGCUGCAAAGCCAGACAACUGAGAGUGAGUUACAGACUGCAGACAAUGAGAACCUACCCAGAGAGGAACCUGAAUCUACCACCAGUGAGCCGAUUAACCCUGAAAAAGACUGUCAUUCUCUUACCACAUCAGAUCCUCAUUUAAAUCAGUCUGUUCCUCAGAGUCAAGUAAAACCAGUAGGCACGUCCCACUACCAAACGUUUGAUCUAAACAGUCCUCCAAAUCGAGAUCCACGCUCUAGGGCCAGGAGCCGCUGCCAAACCCUUCCACCCAGACAGAAAGGGGAUCAACCUGGAGACAGCUCAAGCAGAACCAGCCACUCCACCAGCUUUGUACAUUACAACCAGAAUUUUCCUCAAGAAAUUAGUCAGCUCUUACAAAAUACUCCCACUGCACCUUUACAACCUCAAUCUAAAAAUCCUUCCAGCAAACCAUCUUCUAAAACAGAGCUCCAGUCAGAAGCACUGCCAUGUUCUCCAUCUGAACCGGAAAUGACAAGCAGCCAGCAAGCCUUGGCACAGUCACACUCCAAGCCAGAGCUUUCAAUCAGCCAAUCAACAGCAUUGCCACGCCCUCCAUCCAGACCGGAUCUUUCAGUUAGUCAGUCAGUGGUACUACCAAGACCCCCAUCCAAACCUGAGCUGAUAGGGAGUAUUGCAAAAGGACUUCCACUCCAGGACCCAGCCACCAGAACCAAGUCCCGAUGUCAGACUCUUCCACCCAGAUAUAGAGGACCGGAUACAGUGGAAAGCUCACUCAGAACCACCCACUCCACCAGCUUCACAAAUAUCAACAAAAAGUCAUCUCCAUUACCCAGUGAUGUGACACACAACACCCAUGUGUAAGAAAGAUUGGAUUGGACAAGGCCAAGUUCUGAUCCAGCCCCCUCCAGCAGCUCUCAACCAAUCACCUCUUUCAGUGCCAGGAAACCUCGAUGGCUGCACAGUCAUCAGGGGUUCGUCUA